UUCAACAUCUAAUCUAAAUCUCAAUCUAAACUCAAGUUUCUCUUAUCUUCUGUACUAUUUGGAGUUUCCCAUUUCCUCUGAGAUUCUCAUCUUGUUUUUGUUUCUCCUGUGUCCCCUCCACCUGUUUGAUCAAAGUCCUCUCAAACCUGAAACUAGGGAUGCUGAGUAUGGCUUCCACACUUAGCCUCUUGAAAUUUUCAGUUCUUCCCAAAAAUCCACACCAAUUAUUUUCAACCCCAAAAGUUCACCAACUUCCCUCAUCAAUCUCAGCAAGAUUGAACACCCCAAAAGAUCCUCCAAAGCCAACACAAUUUCUAGAACAACAUAGCAUCAGCAAUGCUCUCAAAACUGUUCCACUUACACUCACAGCACUCACAUUCCCAUUCUUGUUGGAACAAAAGGAUGCUGCACUUGCUGUUGAUGGAGAAUUUGGGAUAUUGGAAGGAAGAACAUUUGCUCUGAUACAUCCUAUUGUGAUGAUUUCUUUGUUCUUCUUUACAUUGUGGACAGGGUAUUUGGGGUGGCAGUGGCGGCGCGUGAGGACUAUUCAGGAAGAGAUCAAUGAGCUCAAGAAACAAGUGAAGCCUACACCUGUUACACCAGAAGGGAAACCAGUGGAAGGAGCAGAAGCACCAUCAUCAUCUGUUGAACUCAAAAUCCAGCAACUCACUGAGGAAAGGAAAGAGCUGCUUAAAGGCUCCUAUAGGGAUAGGCACUACAAUGCAGGAUCCAUACUCUUAGGAUUUGGGGUGCUUGAGGCUGUUGGUGGAGGGUUAAACACAUGGAUUAGGACGGGAAAGCUAUUUCCAGGUCCACAUCUGUUUGCAGGAACAGCUAUCACAGUAUUAUGGGCACUAUCAGCAGCACUAGUUCCAUCAAUGCAGAAAGGGAGUGAAUUGGCCAGAAGUCUUCACAUUACAUUCAAUACAUUAAAUGUUCUUCUCUUUAUAUCUCAACUUCCUACUGGUUUUGAGAUCUUAAUGAAAGUGUUUGAGUUCACACAAUGGCCUUGAAUGUAAGAUUCUUAUGUGAAAAAAUAAAAAAAUCAUACUCUUUUCAUUCUUCACUAUUUGUCAUUGUGACAUUGAAUCCUGACUUAUUGAUUCAAGCAUGUACCAAAAAAUAACAAUGACAGAUAAAAAGAAAGGGAGAGAAGCAUUUGCUUCCCUUUUAGCUCUCUUUCAUGGAAACAUCAAAUAAUAAGAAUUUUUCAAAUAUAUGUAAAAUGUGUUCCAUGAAAGUGCUGUGAUAAUAGGGAUUGUAAUUGACAAGUUGAAGACUAGUUCCCUUCAUAUUUAAGUAUUUUAAUUUUUUAAGUCUCU